AGGUUCUCAGCCACAAUGACCAAGGAGGACGUGAAUGGCACCGUCGUGGAGCUCAGUGGAGAAACCUGUUAUGACAACAACGCAAUCGAGGAACGGGAGACCGCCGAGGCUGGGGGGGCAUGCCAAGCCGUGCCAGGUCCUGAGAUAGAAAAGCCGGCACCCUACGCUGGGAUGCCCAAGGAGGUGCUCCUGCUCUACUCCGGCCAGGCGCGCUACCGACUGCCCAGAGAGAUCAUCUUCUGGCUGGCUAUUGUCACCUCCCUGAUGCUUGCUGGGGCCACGGUGGCCAUCAUUGUCGUCUCCCCUAAGUGUCUGAACUGGUGGCAGUCGUCCCCCCUUUACCAGCUGUACCCCAGGUCUUUUCAGGACUCCGACUCGGACGGCGUCGGGGACCUCAGAGGAAUCCAAACCAAGCUCAGCUACUUUGAGUACCUGAAUGUGAAGUCCAUCUCCAUCGGCUCCAUCUACAAGUCUUCCAGUAAUGACUUUGGAUACGAAGUUGAAGAUUUCAGAGAGGUUGACGAGGUGUUUGGAACAAUGGAAGACUUUGAGAACCUGCUGGCAGCAAUGCAUGACAAAGGUCUGAAGCUGGUGAUGGAUUUUAUUCCAAACCACACUAGCGACAAGCAUGUCUGGUUCCAGAUGAGCCGCAACCGCACUGGCAAAUUCACUGAAUACUAUGUGUGGCAUGACUGCCAUCAUUACAAUGGGUCUACAACACCUCCCAACAACUGGCUAACAGUUUAUGGUGACUCAGCGUGGGACUAUGACGCCAUCCGGGGCCAGUGCUAUUAUCAUCAGUUUGGCAAAGGACAGCCAGAUUUGAACUACCAUAGCUAUCAUGUCCAGGAGGAAAUGAUUGAGGUGCUAAAAUUCUGGCUGCAGAAGGGGGUGGAUGGAUUCCGGGUGGAUGCUGUCAAGUUCCUUCUUGAAGCUGAUCAUUUCAGAGAUGAGCCUCAGGUUGAUGUGAUGCAAAGGCCUGAGAAUAUCUCUUCCUAUUCUGAGCUUCACCAUGACUACACAACAACCCAGCUUGGUCUCCACGACAUCUUGCGCAACUGGCGAAAUGUUCUGGAUGAGUACAGCCGGGAGCCAGGAAAAUAUAGGUCAAUGUUCACGGAUUCCUUUGAUGAUAACAAAAUUGCAACGACAAUGCUAUAUUAUGGGAGCUCAAGGAUAAAGGAGGCCGAUUUUCCUUUUAACUUCUAUCUAACAAGACUUGAAAAUCAGCUGUACAGCAGGAAUGUUUUUGAGCUUGUCGACUUGUGGAUGGCCAACAUGCCUCAAGGGCACUGGCCCAACUGGAUGGUGGGAAAUCAAAAUGUCUACCGAGUGAUGUCAUGGGCAGGACAAGAUUACAUCAAUGUGAUUAACAUGCUGUUACUCACACUCCCUGGAACACCAGCCACGUACUACGGGGAGGAGAUUGGAAUGGACAAUAUCAACUUGAACAGUGGGAAUGCUGAGGACCCCGGAAAAUUGAAUGUGAACCCAGAAGUGGCUCGGUCACCAAUGCAGUGGAGCAGCGACGAUAAUGCUGGUUUCAGCAAAUCAAACAGAACUUGGGUUCCAGUGCAUUCAGAAUACCGAAGUGUGAAUGUUCAGAUGCAGAAAAAUGACAGUGGCUCCACCUUGGCUGUGUUCCGUGCCCUGGCACUGCUCCGAGAGAAAGAACUUCCACUCCAUCGAGGCUGGAUGUGCUAUGUCUAUAAUGACUCCAACGUAUUUGCUUAUGCACGGGAGUUGGAUGGUUUUAAGAGGGCAUACCUAAUAAUACUCAACUUUGGCCAAGGCACUAGUACUGACCUCCAGUCGAAGAUUCCAGGGCUGCCCAAGAUGAUGCACAUUCGUCUCAGCACUCGGGCAGAGAACAAUGGACAAAUGGUCAAAACAUCUGCCAUUGGCACAGCAAGAGGGGAGGGUCUGGUGCUUGAGUACCACCCUGAAUGGCUCUUUCACAGAUUAAACAGAUACGAGAAGCAGUGUUUUAUCUCGGACCGAGCCUGUUAUCUGAGCAUGCUUGACAUUCUCUACAAGACCUGUUGAGAAGCUGGAAUGCAGACUCCAAUGUAAUCCAGGAAAGAAAAUCUGAAUUUGUGCACCUCUCUAUAGCUCAGUACUCUUGCACAAAUGAAUAUCUUUGUUCUCAUCUGGACCAAACCAUUCAGAGGGUCACAUCAGUGGAUUCACGCCAUGAGACUUAAGUACUAAUCCCAAGUUCUCUGUAAAGAAAUGCUAAAUGCCUGGCACUCUAUAUUAAAAAGAAAAAUACAUAAUACAAAUAAAGGCAUAGCACAUAAAACUAAAAA